AUGGAUCGCAUUUAUAUUGUUGCAAUUGUCGGUGGACUGUUUGGUGGUCUUGUCACUAGUCUUCGUCUUAUUGUUCCGGUUGCU